AUGUCGAUGUCUUUGCAAAACGUCGCGUCAACCGAGCAGCAUUCGGAUGGCCUCAAUCAAGCAAUUCAAUCUCCAUCACCACCAUCAUAUGAAGAAGAAGUGUAUUUACCAAGUUACGAGGAAGCUAUAAGUGAUCGUGUUCCCGACUUUCCAGCUUCUGCUCUCAAACUCGAGGGAGUCAUCAAGUUUAUGUGUUCGCCAGGGGAUUAUCUAGUUGAGCAGGCCCUCCAAUUAGGAGAAGACGUCUUGGAUUUGGAUAUAGAAGUAGAGCAGAAUUUGAUUUACGCAUGUGCUAUUUACCCAAUAACGCGUGAAAUUUUUACACCCUACAUCCAGGAACAUAGGAUUCAUUUAUUUUUGGCAGGUUUUCGUUGGGCGAGGGUAGUAGAAGGGAAUGAAGAUGUUGAGUGGGGUGUUGAGAGGGUAGAGGCGAUAAAUGGCGCCAGGGGCUACGAGAGGGGUUACGAGGCGGAUGACGAGACGGAUGACGAGACGGAUAACGGGAUUGAUGACGAGAUUGAUGAGACGGAUAACGAAGAACCAUCGCAAAUGUCGGAAAGCGGAGUUUAA